AUGAGCAACCCCAAGCCUCUUACCGAGUUCCAGCAGUCCUACCACUGGCGCAACAAGAACUGCGGUCCUUGGGCGAACGAAUGGGUCAAGGAGAAGCUCCCCGGCCUCAAGGUCUCGGACGGCAAGCAGAGCGCGGAGAUCACCGAGGUCACCAAUGUCUCGGGCGACUGUGACCUGGGCCAGCGUAAGGGCAAGCUCCUGACGAUCUACGACCUGCAGUUCGACGCCAAGUGGAAGGGCACGACGUCAUCGGGCGAGGAGGUGACGGGCAAGGUCUCGUGCCCGGAGUUCAGCCACGAGCAGGUCGACGGUCUGGAGGACUACCAGUUCCAGUUCAGCGCGGACAGCUCUGACGGUGAGACGCUCCUGCCGUACUUGAGGAAGGCGUUCCCACCCGUCCUGGAGGAGAAGCUCAACACGUUCCGGCCCGAGCUGCUCCAGUCGCACGGCAUGUUUGUCGACUCGCUGACGGGUUCCGCUCCCCCCUCUGGCGCCGCGACGCCGGCAGCCCGCAGCAUGCAGAGCUACUCCCCCGCCCCGCCGGGAGAGGUUCGCGAGAAGGCGCCGGCGGCCAAGAAGUCGGAGAAGGUCACGUCCACCGCCACGAUUGAGGCUAGCGUCGACCUCCGCGCCUCCGCCGACGACGUCUGGUCUCUCCUCACCGACCCCUCGCGCAUCCCCAUGUGGUCCAGGAGCCAGGCUAAGAUGGCCCCAACCCCUGGUGCCGACUUCGAGCUCUUCGGCGGCGCCGUCAGCGGCAAGGUCAAGGAGGUCGACCCCCCUACCAAGCUUGUUGAGAGCUGGAACACCAAGGCUCGGACUCGACCAACGCUCGACGGUGUCCCGGCCGGCAAGGAGGACGACAUUGAGCGUGCCAUUGACCAGUUCUACAUCCAGGGCCUCAAGUCGACAGGGUUAGUACUGAGUGCGAGCAGUAAGAGCUGGCUGGUGAAGAAGGCGGAGACGCCGUCUGGCAAGGCGACCAAGGCGGCAACGGGCACUCGCCGACGGAAGCGGAGCGGUAAGCAGUCCGAGCCGACGGGCAUGUGGGGCCUGGAGACCCCCCAGCUCGUCGGCAUCGGUGCGGCCGCGACGCUCGCGGCCGUGUUCGUCGGUCUCGUUGCGUCCACUUUCAAGUGA